AUGGACGACCCUUAUGCGGCUGGCGCUACUGCCGUUGCCGAACCUUUCCUGAUCAAUGACUCCAACGCGAUGGACGUUGACGCUAACCCUGAGGAGUCGGCUCCUAACUCCGUUGCACCCAGAGCACUGGACAAACUCCGCGGCCGUACCUACGAGCCAAAUUUCAUGCGUCAGGCCGAGGCUGACAGUGACGAUGAAUAUGAGACGGGAAACGGCAACGAAAAGCAACUCACGGAGGACGAGCUCAACCAGUACUGGGAAAGGUUUCCCAGCAUCUUCGGUCGGGGUUUGGUCGACAAGGCGCAUGGGUUAAAAGUCCAGCAAGAUGCCCAGCAACCAGGCCAUCAAACUCCUGGACGCCCUACAAUGACUUAA